AUGUCGUUCCGGGAUCGCGUCAAACGGGUCUUCCGCCGUCCCUCUGCUGGCAAGGCUGAAAAGGCCGGCAAACCCAAAGUGGAAUACUAUCGUCGCGGCGAGAUCCCUCCCUCCAAAUUCAAGGGACCAUUCGACAAGGAACAUCAAAAACGCCUGGCAGCCUGGUCGUUUGACGGCGCCAUGGCCGAUCAUCCCAGGCCGUCAGAUCUGUCCCUGUCUCCGUGCGCCACGUACGACCUGCCGCCAAAUGACUCGCUAGGCCCUCUGGACCCGCUGGAUAGUGAUGAUUACGACGAUAUCUCGCCCGACGACGACGGCGUGCCGAUCGACCCAGGUCUCCAAAAUCCCGACGCAUCCGUUCCUGCCGAGUUGUCGGACUCGCUGGACUUGAGCCGCCCCACCGUCGGCUCGCAGUCCUCCACCGCCGUCAAUUCCAAUUCGGAAAGUUACUCGGGUUCGCUGAUGACGCUACUGCCCGAGGAUCAUCCCGUGACCGGCUAUGACCCUUCAGAUGACCCGAUCGUUUUGCUGAAGGAGUCGAUCCGUUACACGUCACCGAUUGUCCGAGCUCUCUCCCCAGCGGCGUCGCCUUACCCGAUGCCCCCGCUCAGCAAAGCCAAGGGACUUCCGUUCGCACCGGAGGAUCUGAUGCGGGCUUUGAACGCUGUGCAGGUCUGCGGCUAA